CCUCGUCGCCGGGGAGAGAGAUCCAGCCGCACGUCGAUGCUGUCGCUGCGGAGGCGGCAGGAGGAGGGACGCGCCGGGUUCAGAGGAAUGGCGGACGACGUCGAGCUGGAGGAGGGGGAGGCCUGCUCCGACGACGACGACGGCGGCGGCGGCGGCCUCGGCUUCGUCGACCCCGACGUCGCGCUGUCCUACAUCGAUGAAAAGCUUCAACAAGUUCUAGGACAUUUUCAGAAAGACUUUGAAGGAGGAGUUUCUGCAGAGAAACUAGGGCCGAAAUUUGGUGGAUAUGGUUCGUUUUUGCCCACAUACCAGCGCCCUCCUACCCCUUUGCCUCCAAGCAGAAGAGGCUCACCUAUGGUCGCAAACAUUGGCACCCCAAGAUCACCUUACCAACAACCUGCUGAGAUCUUGGGUCAAAACCCUUCAACUGUAGCAGUGGAAUCCAUUUCCCGGAAUAAUGGUACCACUGCACCUUCAUCUGGUGAUUUAUCUAAAAAGAAAAUAUGUUCAAGAACAAAUGGUGAGAAAGACUUUGUCGCGCCGUCUAAUUCCCUAGGCAGUUCAUUUAGUGAUACUGAUCAGAAGGCAAUGAAAGUUCGGAUCAGAGUUGGUUCCAGUAAUGCUUUGGUCAAAGAAAAGGCAUCUAUAUACUCUGGUCUGGGCCUCGAUAUUUCGUCAUCAUCAUCCAAGGAGGGAAGUCCAGAUGGUUAUGCGGUGCUCUCCCCUGAGUUCAGCAAUAUGCCUUUUGAAUCUCCUCGUACCAUUCUCCAGGUCAUGACAUGCUUUUCAGUUCCGGGAGGGUUUUUGCUGUCACCUCUGCAUGACAACGUUCUGCAGUUAACAAGUAAGGUUGCUCCAUUACUAAAGAAAUGGGGAAAACAUUUGGAUGUAGAAAAUAUACCUAGCAGACAUGAAGGACAUUCAGAGCCUGCUCUUGAUGGUGGACGUUUCAGACGCCAGUUAUCAAAGAAAAAGAAGUCAGACAGUAAGAAAAAGAAGUCUAUAAACACAAAUACUAGAAAUGAUGUAGAUGAUACUAACAUAAUCAUGAGCAAGGAGGUUAAAAUAGAAGCUGCUGCCUGUAAAGAGAUUAUACCUGACACACCUGGUAUACCUAGUAUUUCUGGUGUCUCAGCUACAGAAUUAACAAGAGCGAGUCAAUGUCCAGAAGAAUCAACAAGAAAUCCAUGUAUAUCCAGGCCUUAUAAAGAAAAUGAAGAUGUUCAAUUGAAAGAACGAAUAGGUAGUGAUGAGCUGGCAACAGAUAAAGCUGAAGCAAUGAAAGAAGAGGCAUCAAAGCAUACAGAAAAUGGUAGUUUUGACAAAUCAUCAGGAAAUGGCUAUCGAGUGAAGGGGGAAGUAAGAUCAAAGGGUGGCGAAGUGAACAUGUGUUUUGAAGAGAGGGAUAUUACUAAUCAAAAUCAUUCUCCAUUUUAUAGGAAAAAAGAGAGCAAAGUAAAAGCUGACAGAAAAUUUGGUGCAGCCACAGUUAAUUCUGAAAGUAAUGAGGACAUGGAGGGUUGCGAGCUGCCAUGUGAUGAUUUGAAGAAGGCCCCUGGUCAGUCAAUAUUUUCCAGCCACAGACUUGGGGAAGAUAAUUACCAAACUGAGGUCAAGAGAAUGCAUAACGAACACAAGGUCAAUGCUGCGGCUGCAUCUGACUUCUUGGAGGAUAAUAGUCGUACCCAUUCAUCUGCAGCAGUUAAAGAUAAGAAAAGUGACUACCAAUUAUCUAAUCAUUUUGAAAAGAAAACAAAAGCAAAAUCUCAUAAAGAUCUUAUUGAAAACCUACCUAUCAGAUCUCAAGUAGACAAGGAAGGGGAUAUGUUGGAGAACAGAAGUGCCCAGUGCGAGUUGCGACAAAAAGAGAUGAUGAAUGGAAAUAAUAAGAAGGAAUUUGAUAUGUCUACCGCUCCAAAGGAAGUGAUCCCAGUCAGUAUAAAGCAUGGAAAAAUUCCAGCUUCGGAAGAACAAGAGUUGCAUAUGCCUUCAACCAGCUCCUUAGCAGUUACGAACACGGUUCCUCUUCCUGCACCUGUUGUGAUAGAGGAAAAUUGGGUAUGCUGUGACAUGUGCCAGAAAUGGCGUCUCCUGCCAUAUGGGACGAACCCUUCUAUGCUCCCAAAGAAGUGGAAAUGCAGCAUGCUUAACUGGCUACCUGGGAUGAAUAGAUGCGACAUUCGUGAGGAGGAAACAACAGAUGCUCUGAAUGCACUGUAUGUCACUCAAGUACCUGCCACUGGUGUUUCUUCUUGUGGACCUCACACUAUAGCUGCAGGCACAGCAGUGUCCAACAGCUACAAUAUAAGUGGACAGCUUGAGCAGAGUAGGAAAAGGAAAAUUACUCUGAAAGAUGGAAAUGGUUUAGUUGAAAGCUCUUACCCCACACCAUCAUCAAUUUCUCUCAUGAGCAACCAUCAAGCCUCUACCAAAAAUAAUAGAACUAGUGAUAGUGUGCAUUAUUCUUUCGAGAGAGAUUAUGGGAGCAAACAUGAACUAGGGCCAGUGAGCACAUCAGCUGACUUUGCUGAAGAAAAGCAGAAGCUUAAGCACAAGAACCGUAAUAGCUACUCAGAUGAAGGAGAUCUUAUUGAAAAGUCGAAAAAGCACUCAAAAUUUCAAACAAAAAGAGGGAUUGAUCAAGAUGACCACAAAACAUCCAAGAAGACUAAGAAAAUGGAUCAGCAUAAUUCCGACAGAGAUUGGAAUCAUAAAUGUGAUUUAACUGGUGGGAGCGUUCCUGAUGAAUCCAUGACUUUCCCUGCAAAGGAAAAAACCAUAAAGAGUUCACGUGAACAAGGUGACAUUUCUUUCCACAAGGAAAAAGUUUCUUCAAGAUAUGAUUUAUUGGAAAAAACUAAGAAGAUUGAUGAUGAGGAUGCAGCCUUUGUUAAAGAGAAGAAAGAACAUCAUGAAGAUGUGGGAAGAUUAGAUUUGUCGAGAAGGAAGACGAUAACGAAAGAAUGCCAGAAGAUUCAGAAAUAUUCAGAUCACACAAGCAAAGGAGACAAGAAUGAGAACUUGAAGGAAAGGAAGCCAAAGAAAAUGAAAUCAAACGAACCUACAUUCAAUGUGGAUAGUAGAUCUGUAAAAGUGAGGGAUGCAGAUAUAGUGUUUUCUUCUGCUGAGGGGUGUCUAAACAAUGAGCUAGUUGCCGACAACAAAUAUAUUACUGGGAAAGAUGUUUCAAUUGAACAAAAUCGAAGGCCGGAUACCAUCAAUUUCCAGACAUCUACAGCUGCUACUUCAAGCUCUUCAAAGAUCUCGAGCUCUCGGAGAAACAAAAAAUCUCGAGAAGCAAAGGGCUCUCCAGUUGGUUCAGUCUCUUCAUCACCAUUGAGAAAUUUGAAUAUCGAAAAGCUUUCUCAUGGUAAAAUCACCGGAAAAGAUGGAUCACUGAAUGCUGAUUCAAGUACAGUACAUAACGCAGGCAUCAAAGUUGGUGAGUUAUAUGAUGGUGAGCAUGCUAGGAAUUUUGGUGAUAGUCAGGCUGCAGUUGGAAAUAAUCAGCCAAAGGUGUCAUUUAGAAAAGAGAAAUCACAGCCUAGUAUUGAUAAUCAAGAGAUGCAGAAACACAUUAUUGGUGAAGUUGCCCAUUCACAUCUGAAAGAAGGCAAAUCAGAGGUUCACUCCACUCCAGUAAAAUCUGAUGCUUCAAAGAUGAAAGCACAAUUUAGGAGAUCCAGUGUUGAAAUUGCCGAUCGACGCGGCAUUAGGAAGCAAGCAAUUUCCAAUAGUUCGGACACCGCUAGCCCAGUUAGGAAGGAUAAUAGUAUGGUUGCAUUUGCUCUUAAGGAAGCUCGAGACUUAAAGCAUAUGGCUAAUCAUCUGAAGAAUAAGGGACAAGUACUUGAAAGUACAGGCCUAUACUUUGAGGCGGCUUUGAAGUUUCUGCAUGUUGCAUCUCUUUUGGAAACUCCUAGUGCAGAUAGUUCGAGACCAACUGAUGCGGCUCAGUCGAUGAAGAUGUACUCGGAAACUGCAAAACUUUGCGACUUUUGUGCUCAUGCAUAUGAACGCUGCAAGGAAAUGGCUGCUGCUGCUUUAGCAUUUAAAUGUGUCGAAGUGGCUUAUCUUAAGGCAGCAUAUUACAAACACCCUAGUGCAAACAAGGAUAGACAGGAAUUGCAGGCAGUUGUACAGAGAGCCCCAGGUGAAUCACCAUCGUCAUCUGCUUCGGAUAUUGAAAAUCUGAAUAGCCAUGGAGUGUCAAAAGCCACAUCAACCAAGGGCAGAAAUUCACCUCAGCUGGCAGGCAAUCUUUUGCCACUAGCUGUCCGUAACCAAGCACACUUGUUAAGGCUACUUGCCUAUACAAAUGAUGUCAAUUGUGCAUUCGAUGCAACUCGGAAAUCACAGAUUGCAAUUGCUUCUUCUGCUGCCAAUCAGGAAGGUGGGAAAGGUGUGGAUGAUGGUCUUGGUUCAGUAAGAACAGUCUUGGACUUAAACUUUAACAAUGUCGAUGAACUACUAAGACUUGUUCGGCUGUCUAUGGAAUCAAUCAGCAGCUGAUCGGUUCAUAAUUUGAUUAAUUUCACAAAAAGCCAGUUGGAAAGCUACUGCUGUGUACGCGUUGUAGUUUUGCUGUCCAGAUGGAUUUGUGCAAAACAGGCGGCCCAUGAGUUUUGUAGAGAUUUGCUUUCAAGAGUUUGUACUAUUCGGACGCAUUCAGUACACCCAUACAGUUUGGAGCAUACUCGUUGGGUUGUUGAUACUCAGUGUGGUAAAAUGAGGUGUUGUGUGUGCUACCUGUGAGGGGUCCGACUCUGCUGUAGAUUGCACCUGUAGACAAAGGUGUAGUGCCGUUGAGAACAGAUCAAGCUUUCAUAUUCCUGGAUUUCUGUAAAUUAUGUGAAUCUCUGACCAACUUGGAAGCAGUAUUCUACUGCCUCUUGAGGUAGUGUGAGAUCUGAGUGAAUGCACCCAUCUUCAGAUUUUAUUAAAAAUAGGUAAUGCUCUGUUUGAGUUUUCUGCUGUGGCGACUAAUCAGUUUUCCUUCUCUUCUUUCUCUUUACCUGAAUUUUUGAAUAAUCUUGAACAGGGGAGACCAGCGUGCUAGAAGUUAGCUGUGCUGACCAAGAUCAGUUUCAAGCAGGUUUCAGAGAUGGAAUGGUGUCGAACUGCGGACCAUGACUUUCUUUGAACCUGCAGAGAUGUUGUGUAUCCUAGAUUAAAACCCGUUUGUUUGUUACAGAACCAGAUAAUUAUCACUUGCGCAUUGUACAGACACCUGAAGCCGAAGAACAUAACCGCAUUUCCUACCUACACAAUCUGCAACGUUCGAAUCUUCUGCUAACUGUUGUUCAUGAUAUGUGAAAUUUAAGCUGAAAAGAAAUGGGUCUGUUAGUUUGUUCA